AUGCUGAGACCAGGUUCUUCUAUAAGCUUCAACAGGUUAGUUUUUUCUUCUUAUCUUUCAUCACUUGGCUUUUUUUAUUUUAGCUCAACUUCGAUGACAAAGUGCUCAAUUGAUGCUCAUCCGACCGAACAGGCAAUUGUGAUUAAAUUUGAUAAUUCGUCCGAUCAACGAGGUCGUGCAGUUUCAGCAAAUGUUUCAACUCAACAAAAAAUGUAAGAGAAUUUCAAAAUUUUCGUUCUAUAUAUCUAUUGGAUAUUUUUCAGUGUUCAUCUGAAAGAAUUGACACCCGAAGUUGAUGUUUCUGUUCUAACUGAUGUUGUUAUGAAAAGAUGCCAAUUUAUUCCAUCAAACUCUAAAAGAGAACUUGAACAAGUUUUGUAUUAUUUGAAAAAUCGAGGGUCAACCAAACUCACAACAAGAUCAAGUAAGACAAUUUUGUUUUUUUUAAAUUAAAUAUUGAAAAUUGUUCUAGGAAGUUCUUCUGCUGUUUCCUUUGAUCGAAAACCAAUGACUCCAAUGAAUGUAAAUAUGGAUAAGCUAGAUGUGAGAAUUUUCAUUGAAUAAAAAUAUUAAUUUUCUGGAUAAAUAUGUUUUGCAGGAUUAUAUCGAAUGCUUCUAUGGGGAAACUUCAACCGAGAAAAAUCAAGGAGCCAUGUCUAUUUAUGAAUUAUCAAAAAAUGGUGCGAAUUUGAAGGAAAUGAGUCAAAAUGGUAAAUUUUGUGAUAGAAAAACAAAGUUCAUAUCAAUAUUUUUUUGUAAUUUCAGAACGUUUGCUCGGAGCACUGGCUCGUGUUUUCAGAGAAGAUUGGAAGAAGAACUUCGACGUUUCAACAAAUAUAAUGUCAACUUUUGUGAGUUUGUCGAAAUACACGGAUUAUCAUUCUAUUCUGCUACAUCAUAAGGUAUUUUUUUCGAAAAUGAUUUCAAGUAGAAUAUUUUUCCAUUCAAAAAUUACUGUAGAUUGGCUCACUUUGUGUAAAUGCUAUUGAACACGAAACAAAAAGAUAUGAUAUGUGGAAUGCUGAAAUGAAAAAAGCAAAUUCUGAUACAGUUAGAAAAUUGAAAACUGCGAUUCGAAAACAGGCGAAUCUUUUGGCAGUUUGUGUAACACUUCUAACAAACUUGGCUGUCGAUAUAAAUGUUGAAGUGAAAAUGAUUCGACGAGAUCUUGUUGCUCAUCUUAUAAAAUGUUUGCAAAUGUCAACAAAUCCACAUAAUGCAUUAACACUUUCAACAAUCAAAUUGCUACUUAAAUUGAGUAUUUUUGAAGAAAACAAAAUUGUUAUGGAAAACCAUGGAAUUGUUGAAAAACUUUUGAAAAUAUUUCCAAUUCAAGAUGCUGAGCUAAGAAAAGUUACAAUGAAAUUAUUAUUCAAUUUGGCAUUUGAUGCAAAAAAUGUUCCAAAAAUGGUGGAUGGUGGAUUAGUUCCUCAUGUUGCAUCGCUGAUUGAAGAAGAUGGAAAAGCUUUGAAUCUUUUAUAUUUAUUAAGUUGUAACGAUGAUGCGAAAGCAAUGCUAGCCUUUACUGACGCGAUUCAACUUUUAAUGCGAGAUGUUUUGAGUGGAGGAGGAAGUGAAGUUACGAAAGCAGUUUUAUUGAAUACUUGCAUAGAAAAAAGGAAUGCUCAAUUAGUUUGUGGGCCAAAUGGACAAGGACUUGAUCUGCUAUUAGAUCUUGCAUUGAAUUCAAGAGAUCUUAUGCUUAUCAAAGUUGUGAGAGCAAUUGCUGCACACGAAGGACAGACACAAAAUCUAUUUUUGGUAAGAAUUAGUUCUACUUUUUUCAAAAAAAAUAUUUCUGAAAAUUGUUAUUCUUUAGAAAUGGAUAACAAAACUUCUAGAAAUUGCGAUGCACGAAGGUUGCGAUUCUUCAGAAUCGAAAUCAUCAUUUGGUCUUGAAUGUAUGGGAACAAUUGCUGAAAUUCGCGUCGCAAAUUGGCAAAAAAUAAUACAAGAAAAUGAUAUGAUUGAAUGGAUGAAAGAACUUUUGCAAUAUAAUUUCCAUGAAUCAGAAGAACGAAGCAUUAUGAAUGAGAAAAAACCGUUGCAAUUACAAGUUGUUGUUGCAUGUGGAACUAUGGCUAGAAAACUUGAAGCUGCAAGAUGUCUCAUUCCACUUAUUGAUAUUUUUCUAGGACUUUUAAGAUGUAAGAAUAAUUUAGUGAAAAUUAUUCACAAAAUAUCUAACAAAUAAGAAUAUUUUUCAGCAACCCAACUUGAUGAUGAAUUCGUUGUGCAAUUACUUUUUGUUUUUCUCCAACUACUUCGUCACAAAGAAUUAGCCAACAGAUUAAUGGGACCAGAAUCUGCACUUGGCGCUCUGAUGAUUGAUCUAAUGCAUGACGCAAAUUCAGCAGUUCGAGAAGUUUGUGAUAAUGCAUUACUUAUAAUGGAAGAGCAUUCAAAAGAUUGGGCGAAAAAAAUAGCUGGUGAAAGAUUCAAAUGGCAUAAUUCACAAUGGUUGGAAAUGGUUGAACAACACGAUGAAAAUGCAUAUUAUGAGGAGGAAGAAGAUUAUGGAGCUGAUAUGAAUUUCGAUCAUUAUGAUGAUGAAUAUGAUAUGAAUGAACGAUUAUUUUAA